AAUUACAUUUAUUUGAAAUUUCUCUAAAGUUUGCAAAAAUUUUGUUUAUUACUUGUCCCUAACUCCCAAGUAUUAUGUUAACGUAUUGUGCACUAGUUUUACGCCUGUAAUUUGUGAAAGGUGGAUAUUUUAAAAUAAGGAAACCUUGAUUCUCAUAGGAAUUUCGAAAACGAUUUACGAGCCAUUGUAAUACAAUAAUAAGGAUAAAUCAACACUGCAGGUUUGUAACAAAUAACUACGUAGGAAAAGAUAUGGCUGAACCGAGCUGCACACCUAGAAGAACUAGAAACAGGACUGCACCAAAGAGAUAUGAAGAGUUCUUAGACAUGUCACCUGUAAAAAGAAAGACCCAAUGUUAUGUUGAAAGUUCUGAUGAGGAUAUUGAUGAGAGCAGCACACCAAAACCAAAAGCUCUCUUCACAAGUGAUGAUGUAGAAGGCCAGGAUAUUUUCAAAUUCAAAUCUCGUCAUACAAAAAAUGAUCUCCAGAAUAUAGUUAAGGCAGCUGUUACCAAUUCCUUCAAUAACACUAACACACCAAUGAAAACUCCUAAGAAGUAUCUCAAUCUACAGCAGGUGGUUGAGGCAACACCUAAACAUGUUGUUAAUAUUAUGAAGAAAAAAAUUAUCCAGGCAGUAGAAAGUGACUCGGACAGUGAUUUCUCUGGAAGCAGCAGUGAUUUUGUUCCAAGCAAAAGUGAUGAAGAGGUCCCUUCAGAAAGUGAGAGCAAUUCAGAUGUUGAAGAGGAAAGUUGUCCAAAGAAGUCGACUGCAUCACAAAUCACUAGGAAUAAAGGUGGCAAAGCAAAACAAAAAGACUCGGAAUAUUUUGUCACACCAGAUAAUUAUUUCAUGAUGAAUUCUAGUAAAAAAAUUACCACAUCAGAUCAUACCUUAGCAAGAUUGAAAAAUAUGAAUCUCAAUGAUAACAUGAAAGAAUUUGAUGUUCAUUUGUCAACCGAACAUCAGCACAAAAUAAGAGAUCUCACAGAAACCUAUGAUCAACUAUUUGACAGAUGGCUUUAUGUACUAAGUGAAAAUUUCAAUGUGAUCCUAUACGGCAUAGGUUCUAAGAGACAAGUCCUGCAGAGGUUUCAAGCGGAGAAACUUCAGGAUAUGCCUUGUGUUGUUGUUAAUGGGUUCUUUCCUAGUCUUACUAUGAAGAGUAUUCUGGAAACUAUUGUGGUUGAUCUGCUGGAGAACACUCAUGUUCCAUCAAAUAUAGGCGAUGCAAUCAACUUAAUAGAAGCGCAGUUGAACGAGAGCGGCGGGCGCGUGUUCGUGCUAGUGCACAACAUCGAUGGCGCGCUGCUGCGCACUGCCAAGGCGCAGAGCGCGCUCGCGAGCCUGGCGCGGGCCGACCGCGUGCACCUCAUCGCCACCAUCGACCACAUCAACGCGCCGCUCUUAUGGGACCAUUCAAAGCUAAGCAAGUUCAUGUUCACGUGGUGGGAUGUGACAACCUUCCUGCCGUACAGCCAAGAGACGUCAUACGAGAACUCCCUGAUGUCCGGCCGCAGCGGCGCGCUGCAGCUGUCGUCCCUCAAGAGCGUGUACCAGUCGCUCACCAGCAACGCGAAGGGCAUCUUCCAGAUCAUCAUAGAGCACCAGCUGCAGAAUCACAAGCAGUCUCACUAUCAAGGUUUGCCCUUCAAGGACUUGUACUCCAAGGCUCGUGAACAGUUCCUAGUAAGCUCGGACCUCGCUUUAAGAGCCCAACUGACAGAGUUCUUGGACCACAAGCUCGUCAAACAGAAGCGUACUUACGACGGCAGUGAAAAUCUGGUCAUACCCAUUGAGAACUCCUUGCUGCAACAGUUUUUAGAUCAACAAACUACUAUGCAAUGACUGAAUUACUAUAGUGCGACAUAAAAGAGUAGAAUUUUAAGUUCAAAUGCCACAUAAAAGAUUAAUAAAAAUGAAACUAAUAAUCUCGCUGUGUGGCAACAUAUAUUUUACUGUCAUCAUAGAGCAACCAAUAAUUAUUGAUAGUUUUAUCAGGUUAUUAAAAUAAAUAAUAGUGGAAAUUCGGAUAAUUACCAAAUAAAUUACAAUAAAUAUAAUUUAUUUAGAUUUAAAUGAGAUUGACUUGAAUUUAUUUAAGUUUAAUAAAUGUAAAUCAUUAAAUUAGCUAUCUUAGUACAAAUAACAUAUGAUGCUUACUUUGGAG